AUGACUGCUGAUGAGUGUAUCACAGAUGAUGAGAGCCAGCCUUUACUAUGGGAGAACGGUGAAGUGUUAGAGGAGCAGAAUAGUAUACAUGAAUCUAUUGUAGAAUCAAUUAGGAGGCAGAGAACCAAUACAAUUACCAGCAUUAGAAGUGGCUAUCAACUUGUUAAAGAACAUGUUGAUAAGGAGAAGUUUAUUUAUUUGAUUUGUUUAAGUUUAUUCCUCUAUUUGAGUUUUAUGGCAGUAUUUGCCCCGCGGUCUUCCUUAUCUAUGGAUUUUAGAUGGUUACAUGGUUCAAGAUUGACAGAAGCAGAGGUAUACCGAUUAUUUAUUAAUAAAUUAGAUGAAGUCAAUCUGAUAAAGACUCAUAUUGGUAAAUUAUCCGAUGGUUCCAAACGCCCAGGAGAUCAGAGUGAACUCACUUAUGUGACGGAACAAUUAGAAAAGUUAGGAUUUAAUCCUAAAUUAGAAAAGUAUUAUCCUUGGAUGAGUACACCAAAUGAUACCAAAUUACAACUUUACUAUAAUGAUAAUAUCAAAUAUAACUUUGGAUUAAUCGAGGAUUGUUUGGAGGACUAUGAUCAAUUGACUUGUAUUGAUAAUAAAUUAAAGGGUUUCCAUACCUAUUCUGCCAAUGGUGAAGUCAAAUCAUCAUAUGUCUUCGUAAAUUAUGGUACUUUACAAGAUUAUAAAUUAUUACUGGAUAAUAAUAUUUCUGUAGAAGGUAAAAUUCAUAUAAUUAGGAAUGGUGAUAUAACGCAAGGAUUCCAAUUAAAGAACGCUGAAUUAUAUGGAGCUAUUGGUGUUGUAACAUUUUCUGAUCCUGUUGACGAUGGUUUUGUAACAAAUGAAAAUGGAUUUGCUAGCUAUCCAUAUGGGAAAGCCCGUCACUUAAGCAGUAUAAAUAGAGGUUCGGUGGCAUAUCUGGCUGAUAUACCUGGAGAUCCAACUUCACCAAACUUUCCCUCUAAGAAUAGAGAUACUGAAAGGUUAUCACCAGCUGGAAAAAUUCCAACGAUACCUUCGUUACCAUUAAGUUCUGAAGAAGUUUCAAAUUUACUAGCUGAAUUGAACGGGAUUGGUUAUAAAUUCCAGGAGGGUGGUGAUGUGAUCGGUUUUGAUUAUUCAAGUGGACCUUCGCCGGAGAAUGUUACACUUUUAUUAUCAAAUUCUCAGAAUUAUAAUAUUACAGAGAUUACGAACAUUGUAAUUGAUAUAAAAGGAAUAUUUUCAGAAGGUAUGAUUAUAUUGGGUAGUCAUAGGGACCAUUGGACUGUUGGGGGUGUUGGGAAAUCAAGCAGUAAUACAGCCCUAUUUUUAGAAAUUGCUAGAGGUAUGAGUUAUCUAAUAUCUAAAGGUUGGAAACCAUUACGGCCCAUCAAGCUGGUCAACUGGGAUGGCUCUGAAGAAGGUUUUCUUGGAUCUACAGAAUAUGGGGAAGAUCAUGCAGCAUUUUUUAGAACCAAUGCAAUUUCAUAUAUUAAUAUGGAUAAUAUUAUGUCAGGAACAAAAUUCUCAUGCCUUUCUAACCCUCUACUGAAAGAAGUUAUUAUCAAGGCCUCGAGAUCCACAUCAUUCAAAGGAUUGGACGAUUGGACUCUUUACGAUGAGUGGAAAAGACAGUCUCCUUCUACAGAAGUCGACUAUCCAGGUGGAGACUCUGAUACAAUGAUAUUUCAAAACCAUUUAGGUAUCCCAUCUAUGGAAUGUUCAUUUAUUAACGAUAGAUUACACGAUGCGGUAUAUCAACCUGGUUCGAACUUUGAUACAGAAAAAUGGAUGGAGACAUUUUUGGAUCCUAGAUAUGAAUUACAUAGCACUCUUGCAACAUUUUUUGGGCUAGUUGUGCUAAAUUUAAGUGAAAAAGUGGUGAUCCCGUUUAAAAGUGAACCUUAUUUCCAAACAAUUCAUCGGACUUUUAGUCGUUUUUAUUCUAUGAUUGUUGAAGAAUUUCCGCAUGAUAAGGAGAUUUAUACUAUCCUUACAAAGACAUCUGAGUUGAUAUCGCGGUUUUUAGAAACUGAAAGUAUUUCACUUGAUGAUUAUACCAAAAAAGUACAUGAUGAAGCUGUUCAAGAACUUCCACUUUGGCAAGCAUAUAAGAAAUUUGGAAUGUAUGCAAGACUACUCAGAACAAACUCAAAAUUAAUGAAAUUCGAUAAAUUAUUUUUAUCACACUGCGGAUUAAACAAUAGAGAAUGGAUGAAACAUUCAAUAUUUGCACCAGAUAAAUAUAAUGGGUUUGAAGGUAUAAUAUUACCAGGUAUUAAAGAAGCUCUCCAAGAAAAUAAUAGAGAUGAAUUAAGAAAUUGGUUAACAAUAUUAUAUGUUCAAUUGACGAAUUUAUCAUUGCUAAUUCGAUAA